GCUAGUAUAAAAGAGGUGGCAUGUUUCAUUGAGUUCUCACCAAGAAACAAAGGUUCAAAACAUUGCGUUGUCACCUUGACAUGGCUAGCUCAAAGCUUUCCCCAUGUCUAAUCUUUCAUCAGGUCGUUUUCUUGGUAUUGGUCUUUAACUCGGCAAAUGCGCAGUUGAGGGUAGGGUUUUACAAGGAUACAUGUCCAAAAGCUGAGGCUAUUGUGGAAGAGGUUAUGCAUCAAGUGAUGAAAGUAGCUCCUAGCCUUAGUGGUCCUUUGUUGAGGAUGCACUUUCAUGACUGCUUUGUUAGGGGUUGUGAUGGCUCGGUGCUUUUGAACUCUAGCACUGGCCAAGCUGAAAAGGAUUCACCUCCGAACUUAAGUCUUAGAGGAUAUCAAAUUAUUGACAGAGUCAAGACUGCAUUAGAAAAGGAGUGUCCUGGAGUAGUUUCCUGUGCGGACAUCAUGGCCAUUGUGGCUAGGGAUGUCACAGUUGCGACUAUGGGACCUUUCUGGGAGGUUGAAACUGGAAGAAGGGAUGGAAGGGUGUCCAAUUUUUUAGAGCCCUUGACAAACCUGCCACCAUUUUUCGCAAACAUUUCUCAAUUGAUAUCAAUGUUUCGUUCGAAGGGUCUAAGCGUGAAGGACCUCGUAGUGCUUUCAGGUGGGCACACCAUUGGCACUUCUCAUUGCUCUUCAUUCAGCUCUCGGCUUUACAACUCCACCGGAAAGGAUAGCACCGAUCCCACAUUGGACUCAGAAUACAUAGAAAAACUGAAGAGUAGAUGCAAGGUAGGAGAUCAAACUACGCUAGUAGAGAUGGAUCCUGGAAGUGUCAGGACAUUCGACAACAGCUAUUAUACGCUCGUAGCUAAAAGAAGGGGACUUUUCCAGUCUGAUGCAGCUCUCCUUGACAACAGUGAGACAAAAGCUUAUGUUAAACUUCAAUCUGCUGCGACCCAUAGAUCCACUUUCUUCAAAGACUUUGGUGUUUCCAUGAUAAAUAUGGGCAGGGUUGGAGUUCUAACCGGUAAAGCUGGUGAAAUCAGGAAAGUUUGCAGCAAGGUUAACUAACUAGUUCAAGUUCACUGUCAUUAUGGAAUAAAUUAUUAUUAUUAUUAUUAUUAUUUUGCAUGGAAAGAUUUGUAUGGCUUUACGUACCUUGUUAAGAAUUCUUUCCUUUUUUCCUUGACGAUUUGCUUAAUUGUUUGAAGUGUGGAAAUCCAUUCCAUUACUCAAUCAAUAGCAAAUAGUAGUUAAAUUAUCACUAAAUAGUAA